AUGCCAGAGGCACUGGGACCACAGAGUCAGCACACUAGAACAAAGAAAGAUCAGCAAAAUUUAGAAACCAAAUUUCGACUCUAUACAGAUACAACUGAAGAAAGCUGUCAGAUUUUUUUUAAUCAGUUGGAGACUCUUGACAAAUGCAGUUUCAAUGCCUCUCUUCCUCUGGUGAUGAUAGUCCAUGGCUGGUCGGUGGAUGGGAUAUUAGAAGGUUGGAUUUGGAAAAUGGCAGCAGCUCUGAAGUCUCAACACAAACAAAUUAACGUGAUCAUUGCAGACUGGAUUACAUUUGCUCACCAGCACUAUCCCAUUGCUGUACAGAAUACACGCUACAUUGGACAGGAGAUAGCAGACUUCCUGGAAUGGCUGGAGGAAUCCAUUCAGUUUUCCAGAAGCAACGUUCAUCUAAUUGGGUACAGCCUAGGAGCUCACGUUUCAGGAUUUGCUGGAAGUUAUAUCAGUGGUACGAACAAGAUUGGAAGAAUUACAGGCCUUGACCCUGCUGGUCCCUUGUUUGAAGGAAUGUCAUCAACAGAUCGUUUAUCUCCAGAUGAUGCAAACUUUGUAGAUGCAAUUCAUACAUUCACUAAACAGCACAUGGGCCUCAGUGUUGGCAUCAAGCAGCCUGUGGCUCAUUUCGACUUUUAUCCCAACGGAGGCACCUUCCAGCCUGGCUGUCACAUCUUACAUGUGUAUAACCACAUUGCACAAUACGGAAUCACUGGCAUCGCUCAAACUGUGAAAUGUGCCCAUGAGAGGUCAGUUCAUUUGUUUAUCGACUCUCUGCUUCACAAGGACAAGCAAAGCACAGCAUACUGGUGCAACGACAUCAACACUUUCAACAAAGGAAUGUGCCUCAGCUGUAGGAAGAACCGGUGCAACACACUGGGCUACAACAUCAGGGAGGAAAGGCUCCCAAAAAGCAGACAACUCUUUUUGAAAACAAGAGCAUAUAUGCCUUUCAAAG